AAUUUUUUCAACAAUCGGGCGCGUGGAAGAGAGUGGCGUGAACAGCUAAACUGGAACUGUACAAAAAAAAAACACGGACGGUCCAGUUAAACUUGUACGAUUGUGUUUUUUAACUCGGUAAUUUCUUCCAGUUUUUCCUCCGUGAAGAUGGAUUUAGACUCCAUGAAGUAUGCAGACCUGCAGCAGCUCGCCAAGAGCGUUGGUUUAAAAGCUAACGUGAAGGCGGAUAAGCUGCUGAAGGCGCUGAAGUGGCAUUUUGAACAGAAAGAGAGCUUGGAGAAUGGAAACGGUGUCACCCCGGAAGACGCGCAGGUCCCAGAGGAGGAAGCAGCCAAGCUGGAACCCGUAAACGACGCGCUGGUGACCACGCGCCGCGGAAAAAAACAGCAGGCCAAGAGAAAGUACUCUGGAGACGGAGCUGAUCCGAAUCCCAAACCGGAAGAAAGCCCAGUUCAGGAUGAUGCAAAGUCGCCUGGAGAGGAGGAGGACGGAGAUAAAAGGAGCUCCAAGAGGAGGAAGGUGUCAUCAGCUAAGGACACAGAAACUCCAGCUCCUGAGAAGAAACCCGAGUCUGCUGACGAUGAUGCUGUCGCUGAGGAGAGCGAUAAAGAUGUGGUUAAGAAGACUGGCGGAAAAAUCCCUCGUCACGAGGGUCUGAUGAAGAAGAAAGCAGCUCUGAGGCCGACCACGCCGAACUUCAAGAAACUCCAUGAGGCACACUUCAACAAGAUGGAGUCCAUCGAUUCCUACCUGCAGAGGAGGAACAAGCAGAUGGAGGUGCUCAGGGCCUCAGUGAAGGACCUGAAGGCUCAGUCAGAAAACGGUAUCAAGAAGUCAGCGGACACCAAGACUCGUGCUAAGCCGCCGCUCAGCCGAGCCUCACUGUUCAGCCCGGGAAUGCCGGAGAAGAAAGCGGAGAAGAAAGCGGAGAAGCGCAGGGUCACUCAGGCUCCCGCUGGCAAGCCAGCGAUGAAGGACAGCGCCCCCUUCAGGCCGACUGUCCUCUCAGCCAACAAAAUCAACGUCAGGUUUUCCCAAACGACGCAGGACAACGAGCACAAGCGCUCUCUGGUGAAGACUCCGGCCCGCAUGUCUCCCAUGCUUCCUCUCACUCCCACUCCGGCCAGGAAGUCUGAAGUGCACGCUAACAGGAACGCCGUUCCUGCCAACAAAACUCCAGGAUUGACUCCGUUCGUCUUCAGCGGCGCCUCGGGCACUCCUGGGACCAACAAGAAAAACACCUUCGAUCUGAAAGCGAGCCUCUCUCGCCCGCUCACGUACAAACCCCAUAAGGGAAAGCUGAAGCCUUUUGGAGCGACGCAGGAAAACGCAGAGCUGAACAAGGCUCAAACGCUUCCUUCUCACCAGAAGAACUACAAACAGCACCAAGUGCAGACGCGAGACGAGCGGCGCGUUAAGCACAAGCAGGACAGGAGGCAGAAGAAGGAGAAGAUGCUCGAUGCCAGACGUGGACUGGUUAUGGCUUAGCGUUCUUGCUUUCUUUGUUUUUAUAGAAGAUUUUCAAACUGUAGCUACAUGCACUUUUUUUUUUUUUUUUUUUUUUAGCUUGUGUGUCUGUCUUUUGUAAGUGUUUGACGUGUGUGAGUGUAUUGCCAUCGCCUCGUUUUAAGAGAAAAAAAAAACUUCACACCCAUCUAUUUGUAUAUAGACCUGUCAUGAUGGAGGAAUGCAUUUUAUUGUUGGGGAAAAACAUUGUCGUCGAAGUUUAAGCUUUUUUAAUUUACUAUUAAACAGAAGUUGUGUAUUUUUUUU